GUGUGGGGCUCCUGUGGACGGUUUUGAUAUCGAGGCCUCCGAACUCACUACCCACGGUGCUUUGCACACGCACGUCCUCUUCAGCCUCCAUAAUGGGGAUAGACAUCGAAAAGAAGCACCCAAAGAAGAACUAUCGGCGGGAGCCGGUGUCGCAGAAUGUCUACAUAAGGCUGCUUGUGAAGCUUUACCGCUUCUUGUCUCGCCGCACCAAUGCCAAGUUUAACCAGAUCGUGAUGAAACGACUGUGUAUGAGUCGCACGAAGAGACCACCACUCUCUCUUGCUCGUCUGGUGCGUAAGAUGAAGGCCUCUGGACAUAAGGACAAGAUUUGUGUUGUUGUGGGUAGCAUCACAGAUGACAAAAGAAUUUUUGAGGUCCCUGCACUGAAGAUCUGUGCCCUGCGUUUCUCUGAGACAGCUCGUGCCAGGAUUCUGAAAGCUGGUGGUGAAAUCUUGACUUUUGAUCAGCUGGCUUUAAGGGCACCCCUGGGACAGAACACUGUCCUCUUGCAAGGGCCAAGAAAGGCUCGUGAAGCUGAGCGCCACAUGGGACUUGCUCCUGGUGUCCCACACAGUGACACUAAGCCAUUUGUGAGGUCCAAGGGACGCAAGUUUGAGCGUGCUCGUGGUCGCCGUAAGAGCCGUGGCUUUAAGGUGUAAAGAGAUUAAUGACCCCAUGAGCAAUAAUAAAGCCAUUCUGCCUCC